AUGGGCCUUCGGGGAACGAUUUCUGCACUUUUAUUGCUUAUUCCAAGCAUUCUAGUGCAGGCAACAAACUCCAAUGACACUUUUUACCUGUUGGCAGUGACAUCCAAGACUGUAGGCGGCACUACAGAAACGUUUUGCGUCACGGUCAUUCCCUCUGAAUGUGUUUCUAUAGAAGUCACCCUGGAGUACAACCAACACAACCGCCUCACUCUUCUGAAGGAAGAUUUUAUACAACAAGAUUACCACCUGUGUGUCCCUUUCCAGGUUCCUGUUGUAAGUGUUGACACAGUGGCAUCCAUACGUGUUUAUAUUAAGGGAAUCAAAACAGUCCUGAACAAGACAACAGAGAUCCUCAUCACACCUCCAACAGAACUGAACAUCAUCGAGACAGACAAACCCGUCUACAAACCUGGACAAACAGUGAUGUUCCGCAUUGUUUCUCUGGACACCAACUUCCUCACCCACAAUCAGAUGUUCCUGACCAUAGAAAUCCAGGACCCAAACUCAAACCGCAUCGGCCAGUGGAUGAAAGUCACCACACACAGCGGUCUUCUGGAUCUGUCGUAUCCCAUAAACUCUGAGGCCAUGGAAGGAUUUUAUCUAAUCACCGCCCGGGAUGAGAAAAACAACCCUGUCACACGAACGUUUGAAGUCAAGGACUACGUUCUGCCAAAAUUUGAAGUGACAGUGACGUUUCCUUCAGUCAUGACCAUCCUGGAAACAAAUGCCGUACUGAAAGUGUGUGCAAACUAUACUUAUGGAAAGCCGGUGAAUGGGACGGUGACGGCCACCAUCUGCCGUAACAGUUACAGGAAUUGGUUUCUUCCGACAGGAGCUACACCACUACCAAACAUUUGCAGGAGUUAUAAAACAGAGACUGACGCGUCGGGCUGUGGAGAGCGCGUCCUUAAUCUGAUGGACUUUGCCUUAACCGAUUCACGCUAUGAAAGUGUAAUCACAGCUCAAUGUGAGGUGGAGGAACAUGGAACAGGUGUGAUUCUGACUGGUUCGGCCAGAUCUUCUAUAACAACUAAUAUCAUCACACUUUCAUUUGCGGAUUCACCAACAACGUUUCGGCUCGGAAUGACUUACGAAGGAAAAAUUCAAGCGACCGAUCCAAAGUCGAAUCCUAUUAAAAGCAAAGUAGUGAUUCUGACUGUAAGUUACAGUACUAAUAUAAAAACAGUCCAGAAGCUGAUUACAAAUACUAAUGGGAUCGCAGAGUUCACCCUCAGCACAGAAUCCUGGGGUUCGAAUACAAUCAGUUUACAGGCUCAGUAUGAAACGACUGACACACCAGCAACAGGUGGGACAAAUCAGCUCAAACCCUACUACCCCACUGCAUCCCUCUCCCUCCAGCCUUUCUACUCCAAGAGCCAGAGUUUUAUUAAGUUGAACAGCAGCUCGAAGGCUUUCAGCUGCAAACAAAAUGGCGUCAUCGGGGCUCAGUACAUGAUACACAACAGCGCACUCAGACCGAACCAGAAUACCUUAUCCUUCUUCUACAUGGUGAUAAAUAAAGGACAAUUGGUUCAACGAGGGCAAAUCAUAGAAAACCUCGACCACGGAACAGUGCACAAGGGCAAUCUGGUGGUGACUCUUCAGAAGAUGCAAAAAGUGACGCCAGUUGCUCAGGUGGUCCUGUACACAGUCCUUCCAAAUGGCGAGGCAGUGGCAGACAGCAAGAACUUCCCCAUUGAGCUGUGUUUGGCUAACGAGGUCUCUCUCAAGUUUUCAUCUUCUCCUGAGCUCCCUGGUGGUCAAACGUCACUGACCCUGAAAGCUGCUCCAGGUUCGCUGUGUUCAGUGAAGGCGAUCGAUCAGAGUCUACUGCUGCUGCAACCAGAGAAGGAGCUCAACAUCCAAUCUGUGUUCAACAUGCUGCCUUUCCAGACGUUAUCAGGAUAUCCGUACAACAUCAAUGAUGAGCACGUGAACACAUGCGGGCCGAGCCCACUCAUCAAGAAUAUCGCAUUGAUUCGUUUACCUCCGAACCCUGGAAAGGUGGAUGUGUACAACAUGUUUAAAGGUGUUGGAAUUAAAAUCCUCACCAACGCAGACGUAAAUAAACCUUCAAACUGCGUGCCCGGCAUCCUGUCCAUGAGUGCUAAUAGAGUUUCCAAAGAUGUACAACCUGUUGCCAUGGCUGCACCUCUUGCCCCCAUCAAUGACGCAUCAGCUGCCCCAACUUCAAGUUCAAACCAACCGGUCGUUACUGUCCGCACAUAUUUCCCAGAGACAUGGAUCUGGGAUCUUGUUCCAGUCAGUGACUCUGGAGUGACGGCCAUUAAUAAAACAGUCCCGGACUCCAUCACUACGUGGCAUGCUGGAGCGUUUUGCACGUCACCUAUCGGGUUCGGAGUCGCCCCGAGCGCUGAGCUCACCGCCUUCCAGCCGUUCUUCGUGAGCCUCACCAUGCCGAGCUCCGUCAUCCGGGGGGAAGUGUUCACGCUUAAGGCCACCAUCUUCAACUACCUCCAGAGCUGUAUGAUGGUGAAGGUGACUUUGGCUCAGUCAAAGCAGUUCUCAGUGCAAGUGUGUGUAGGCUGCAGUUAUACACAAUAUCUGUGCGCCGAUGAGAGCUGGACCUUCUCCUGGACCUUCACAGCACUGGUUCUGGGUAAGGUAAGCAUCAAUGUGACAGCGGAGGCUGUGCAGUCUACGAGUCUGUGUAGCAAGAGUCCAGUUACAGUCCCAGAGAAAGGACGCAUUGACACGAUCAUUAACACACUCCUAGUCAAGCCUGAAGGAAAGAAAGUGUAUACAACCUUCAACAUGCUUCUCUGCCCACAAGAUGGUACAGCGGAGGAGAAGAUCUCACUAACCCUGCCUGCGGUAUACGUGGAAGGUUCAGCUACGGCCUCGGUCUCUGUGCUGGGAGAUCUGAUGGGCCGCGCCCUACAGAACCUGGCGAGUCUCCUGGCCAUGCCGUACGGUUGUGGGGAGCAGAACAUGCUGAACUUCGCCCCUAACAUCUUCAUCAUGAAGUACCUGCAGAGCACCAACCAGCUCACACCGGCCGUCAGGAGCACGGCCAAUAACUACCUCGUGAACGGGUAUCAGAGAGAGCUGAACUACAAGCACACUGAUGGAUCUUACAGUGCGUUUGGGAUGAGCGAUCCUUCAGGAAACACAUGGCUGACGGCGUUCGUGAUGAAGUCUUUUGGAAAUGCGAGACCGUUCAUCUUUAUUGAUGGGGCGGUUUUGGAUCAGGCGAAGGCGUGGCUCGGUCGACAGCAGCAGGCGGACGGCUGCUUCGCCUCAGUGGGAAAACUCAUCCAUACCAACAUGCAGGGAGGAGUGAAUGAUGCGGUGACUCUAUCAGCAUACGUAACCGCUGCAAUGAUGGAGCUCGACUACACGGUUACAGAUCCCGUGGUGAACAAGAGUCUUACGUGCCUGAGGAACGCGUGCCCUAAGGUGUCCUCCACCUACACCAAGGCUCUCCUCUUCUACACCUUCACCCUCGCUAGAGAUCAGGGGAUGAGAAGCUCACUCAUGACAGAUCUGGGCUCACAAGCCAUAAUUUCAGCGGAUGGACGGCACUGGAGCAAUGCAAAUGAUAAGUCAGUGAAGAACUCCUUGGGGGUGGAGAUAACCUCGUAUGUGCUCCUGGGUCUGAUGUCUGGACCAGUGAUUGCUUGGUUCGAUGUGGGUUACAGCGCCAGCAUCGUCCACUGGCUUUCUCGGCAGCAGAACUCCUUUGGGGGCUUCGAAUCUACACAGGACACCGUGGUGGCUCUCCAGGCUCUGGCGAAAUACAGUCUGGCCACCUACAGUCCACAAGGAGCCUUAACUGUCACUGUAACGUCACCGUCAGGGCUGAAGAACACGUUUAACAUCACUCAGAGUAACAGACUGCUGUAUCAGGAGGCUCAGCUGCAGGAGGUUCCUGGAAAUUACAGCGUCAAUGCCAAAGGACAAGGCUGUGUGUACGUGCAGUUUUCUCUGCAGUACAACAUCCCUCCUCCACCCGACCAAUCUUUAUUCACCAUCUCAGCCUCAGCUUCUGGAAACUGCAAGGUCCAAAAUCCAUCCCUGUUACUGACCGUUACAGUCACGUAUAACGGCCAACGCUCUGAGACCAACAUGGUGAUCAUUGACAUCAAGCCUCUUUCUGGAUUCAGCCUGAAGAAGACGUCUGUACAUCUCAUGAACAGCACUACCAAUUCUAAUGGAGCUGUGAAACGUGUGGAUCAAAGAGAUGGGGACACAUUCAUCUAUCUGGAUGGACUGACACGUGGGGAGAAGAAGGUGUACACCAUGACCAUCGUGCAGGACAUUGUAGUGAACAACCUGAAACCAGCUGUUGUGACGGUGUACGACUACUACGAGACCAAUGAGAAAGCUGUAACAGUGUACACCUCUCCAUGUGUGGCUCAGUGAGAGUCUCGAGAGACGUUUUCUUCUCCAGAUGACUAUUUCAUGGGAAUUCUCCACUAAAGUUCAGCAACUUUUAUUAAUCAAAAUAUUUCUGGUUUAAAAUAGUGGACUAUUUCUCUCUAACAUUCUGCAUAAUCUACUGCAUAAAUCAUUUACAGAUUAAAUGUCACUUUACAAGAAUAUACAAGUUGUAUGAGGAGAUCAGACAGAUCACCAUAAUAAUUGUGUUUUGAUGAACUUGGAAGAUGACAACCUUAAUGAAAAUCUAAACUAACCAUGAUGUAUUUGUAAUUACUGAUCACACAUGAGUGUAGAAUGUUUUUACAAGUCAAACCUGGUUCCUCUUAUUCCUCUCUCUCUCUCUCUCUCUCUCUCUCUCUCUCUCUCUCUCUGUUUGAAGAUUGAUCUAAACCUGUUGAUGAAGAUAGGUUUAAAUGCAGAUACACAUUAAAUGCCAUAUGCUGCGAUCUGACCAGAAUAAAAGAAAAAUCUCAUUA